CCAGAAGGAAUGGCCAGAAAUUUGCCACGUGGGAUUGGUUUUCUUCUUCUCAGCAGUCACAGUGAUUUUGACAAGCCUAACCAGAGAGAAGAAUGACAACUAAUGAGCUCCACAGCCAGCGCGCCUCCUCCUCCCGACCCGCCAAUGGGCAGCACCUAUUAUCAAAAUGAUUAGCCUCUGUUGCAGCACUUCAUUCUCUCGCACCGGCAGUAGGCGGUAUAGCGAAAGAGACGGAUAAAAAUGUGGAGUGAAUCCAGUCUGCUCCGAGGCUGGCGGAUGAGAGCGAGCGGGCUGCCCGUGUGAUGCUGCCCCUGCCCCUGCCCCGCUGCUGCUGCUGCUGCAACACCUCUGGAGGCGAUGCAGGAGACGCGGUGCAGCAGGCACUAAAGAAGGAAGGCGGUGUAGCCUAUAGGAGGAGGAUACCAGACAGACUACUACAACACCGCCUGAUGGGGAAACGCUGACUGAGAGAGAGAGAGAGCAGACACAGAGAGGAGAGAGAGAGAGAAACAGCGCAUGGUGGAGAAGCUGAGGAGAAGAACCGACGGGGAUUAGGUGAUUGAACCCAGUCUCAACACCGCCGACGGAGACCCCCAGCCUCCAGUCGCUGCUUGGGGAAGAGCAGCCCCAAAACAUACACCAUGGUGGGGAUGGAUCUGCAUUCAGCUCUGAACGACAAAAUGGGCACAGUUUCAGUCAUGGCAAGGCUCGUGCUUUCCCUCCUGCUCCUGUGUGGAUGGCAAAAUAGCGUCUGCCUGUCCUCCUCAGAGGCUCAGAAGGAGGCGGUCACCAACGACAACAGCACAGUUUUCACCCAGAUCCUGGACGGGCUCCUUGAGGGUUAUGACAACAGGCUGCGGCCAGGGCUUGGAGAGAACGUCACAGAGAUCAAGACGAACAUAUUCGUCACCAGCUUCGGCCCGGUGUCUGACACGGAGAUGGAAUACACAAUAGAUGUCUUCUUCCGUCAGAGCUGGAAGGACGAGCGUCUGUGCUUCAAAGGGCCCAUGGAGAUGCUGCCGUUAAACAACCUGCUGGCCAGCAACAUCUGGACCCCGGAUACCUUCUUCCUUAACGGCAAGAAGUCUAUCGCUCAUAACAUGACCACGCCCAACAAGCUGCUGAGGCUGCAGGAUGACGGCACUUUGCUCUACACUAUGAGACUGACCAUAUCAGCAGAAUGCCCCAUGCAGCUGGAGGAUUUCCCCAUGGAUGCACACGCCUGCCCGCUCAAGUUUGGCAGCUACGCCUAUCCGGUGUCAGAGGUCGUCUACACUUGGACCCAGGGAGCUGAUAAGUCUGUGGAGGUGGCAGGGGACGGCUCCAGACUCAACCAGUACCAUCUUAUCGGGCAAACUGCCGGCACUGAGAACAUACACACAAGCAGAGGACAGUACACUGUGAUGAUGGUUCACUUCUACCUGAAGAGGAAGAUUGGAUAUUUUGUCAUCCAGACGUAUAUGCCCUGUUUCAUGACCGUAAUCCUGUCCCAGGUGUCGUUUUGGCUAAACAGAGAAUCAGUUCCUGCGAGGACCGUCUUUGGGGUGACUACUGUGCUGACCAUGACUACCCUCAGCAUCAGCGCCAGGAACUCACUCCCCAAAGUGGCCUACGCUACAGCUAUGGAUUGGUUCAUCGCCGUCUGCUACGCAUUCGUCUUUUCUGCCCUCAUCGAGUUCGCCACAGUGAACUACUUCACCAAAAGGAGCUGGGCCUGGGAUGGCAAGAAGGCUCUCGAGGCACAGCACCCUAAGAAACGAGACCCCAUGGUGCUGUCAAAGAAGCCCAACAACGUCUGCUCAGCGGGCGUCAACUACACCCCCAACCUCACCAAGGACGUGUCCAUCUCCACCAUCUCCAACACGACGUCGGUGCAGCUCCGGGCCUCGGAGACCAAGAUGGUGGACCCCAAGAAGACCUACAACAGCGUCAGCAAGAUCGACAAGAUGUCGCGGAUAGUGUUCCCCGUCCUGUUUGGAACCUUCAACCUCGUCUACUGGGCCACGUACCUGAACAGAGAACCGGUGGUGAAAGGAGUGGUCAGCUCAACGUAAUCUUUCUCAUUUUUUUUUCCUGAGACAGAGAGUUCGUAUUAGGGGAUUAAGUUUGUUCUAAUUUGAAAGUGGGUGGACUUAAAGGAAAAGGGGUUGUUGUAAGGUUGUUGCCCAAGACAAAAAAAUUUAAAAAAUAACAAAUAUCUGCGCUUGAAGAACAAAAACAAACUAUACUCAACUAUCUAAUUCAAGCACUUUGAAUGGAUGCAAGGCUGCAACAGAAUCCCUUUCCUGUUUUUAUGGCCUAAAAAACUGCUCGAUCACACAGAAACUUGCUUCUAAGACCUCGAGGGAGCGGGUGCUUUGCUUCUUUCUCAUCUAUCCUGCUGCAGUUUGCAUGACGCUCUCCUCAAAAGGACUCCUCUUUGUCUUGAAUACCGACCAUAUAUAUGUCAAUCACUGCUUAAGGUAUGGGAGCACACUCCAUGGCGACUACUUGAGGUUUUAAAUAAACUAAUGUAGGCAUUUUGAGCAAUUUUCCUAAAUUUACUCUUAUCAUGGAGGCUUGAAAUGCACUGAGCUUAUGCUGUGGAAAAAACCCUGCAAUAUAACAUGCAUUUGAAAAAUUGAUUUAAAAAAUGUACUUAACUCCACACUGUGUGGAAGAAACAUCUCUUGAGAUUAAUGCUGCAAGUGCAUUAAUAAUUUAGUUUUCUGUCUCUUUUUUAAAAAAGAACCUUUGCCAUUUUUUUCUCCUAUUGCAGUGGGUGCUUGUGUGUCUCUUUGUACAUCUUUACUUGAAGAUUCAAAGCCCUUUGCUGCAGGCCUGGUUUCCCAAAAGCACUGGCAGACAGAGUCUCAGUGGAAGAUGACGAGUGCUACCUAAAGGUGAAAAAAAAAAGUAUUCGAAAGAUUAUCAUUGCAGAAUUUUUACAUUAAGAGAUGCUUUUUCAUUCAUAAAAAAAUAAAAAGUCGUCAUUUUGGGCAGCUUGCCAACAAGAAAAAAAACGUCUUUGGCCCACUUACACUGGGUGAGUGGACAGCUGUGGAUGGGGUGUUCAGGACAAAUUUAGGAUACGUGCUUUAACUGAAUUUUGAGCACAGGUCACUCAGCUAGGAAACUAAUUUUCACAGCUGAGAGACCGGUGCUCGAAACGCAGAGUGUGUGACAUACAAAUCAGCAGAGUGAGAGUUUGGAGACUGUCAUAGGGGUGCUAACCUCUAUUUAGGCAAGCAUGCUUCUUACUGAUACUUGGGCAAAACACUGCAACACCACCAGCUCCAGGGGUCAGUGUCACAAAGACAGGAUGUGACGUAGAUCAAAAUAACAGUAAGACAGCUGGCGAAGUCUUUACAGAUUAGUCCUAUGUAACUGUGGUAUUUUUCAACCUGGACCAUUUUCUCAUGUGUUUGUGAUUAAUAGGAAUUACUUUUUUGAAAUUUGUCCAGUAUUGAGUGAGAUUGCUGCUGCGAAACAGUCUGCAAUGUAACCACAUGGAGCGUGUUCACACCAUCAGUUUAAGUCUGCUAAAAGUGCUUGUUUUUGUCACUGACAGGCUCAGAUUGUUAUUUCAAUUGUCUGACAGCAUUAUGGAAAGGAUCACUAAAGAGACAGACCAUUUGGUUUAAGAGUAAAGGGUAUACUUAUGCGGUGGUGUGUCUGUGUCGCUCUGCAGUUACACCUCCAAAACACUAGUUGGCGGCGGAGGUUUCUGUGAAGUGCUGUUAAGUUUAGUUGAUUGACAAGUACACAAAUCAGCUUCACUAUAAUUCGCAGCAUUCACAGACAAACACUUGUCUUUAUCUGAACACAUUUUCCCCACAAAUACAACAUGCUAACGUUAUUAGCACAAGCCUAUGCCAUUUUACAUUGUAUAAAUUAGCCUAGUGGCUAGCGGAGAUAUCUUCUUCUCAUAUGAAGCCAGGGACAACAGCAACAUUUAACAAAGGUAAUGUAAUAAAAUUCAGCUCCAUUACAACUCACAAGGUUCACCGACAAAACAACUGUCUUAUACUAGGUUUUCCAAACAAAUACAACAUGCUAACGUUAUUAGCACAAGCCUGUGGCAUUUUAUAUUGCAUAAAUUAGCCUAGCAAUGAGUGGAGAUUUUCUCUGCUCAUAUGAAGCCAGAAUAAAUCUCGAUGUAUAAAUCCCCAAAGGUUAAAUCACCUUUACGUUAAUUUCAUCUGUGAAAUUAACGUAAAUAAAAGCUUUGUUUCCACUGAGGGACAUGGUUUAAGCUUACAAAAAUAGACGGGAGGUCUGUGAUGCCGUGUAGUUACAUGUCUGGGGAGGUGCACCUCAGGCAGAAGUAAAAAGUCUGCCUCAGAUCCAUUUUGUUUAGCCAGAAACAGCCCAAAAUUGCUUUCACCAAACCCACCAGACUCCAUAAACAGUAAAUUUAUCAUCAUAAAACACUCUUCAAAGUCGCCAGAAUCAAAAUAAGACUUACAAAAGUCACUUUAACACUGUUCCAACAAUCACUAAGUCUGGUUUGGUUGAAAUAAACCCUUAAUUCACCCCGUUAGAUGUGAAUAUAUACCGGCUCUUUACAUACUGGAGUCUGGUGGGUUUGGCAACAACGAUCUUGAGGCUGUUUCUGGCUGUUACUCUUUAACAAAAAAGUCUGUCUCUGUAGGGAUCUUUUCCAUAAUGUUCGAGGAUACAUCUAAUAACAAUCUGGCAAAAACAAGCACUUUUAGUGGCCGCACGUACAUUAAUGGUGCCAUAUGCCUAGAGUGGUUACAUUGCAGCCUGUUUCACAGCUGCUGGCUGCAGCCUUCUCACUCAUCACUGAACCAAUUAAAAAAAUGUUCCCAUUGGUAUCAUAGUCUCAAAUAUGUGAAAACAUGGACCAGGUUGAAACAUACUGAAGUUACCUUUUCAGUAAGACUAAUUUGCCAUGAAUUCUGCGUAAAUUAAAAGUCUUUUCAAACUACAAAACAUAACUGACCAACCUCCAUUCACUGAAGCAGAAAAUAUUUGCCUUCUGGAGGACUUUAACAGUUACAAGGGCAUUUUGUUAGAGGAAUUCUGAUGCCCUUAUGUGGGGAGAAAGAACAAAAAGAGAAUAACAAUCAGUGAAGUUUCAUUAUCAUACGAUUUUCUGCAUUGAAUAAUAAAUUGCUGAUGAAAGUGUGUCAUUAAACUCACCGUAAAGGCCUGUGGCACGGUGGAAUAAGUGGUUCAAGAAGCUUAUUGGCUUUCAGGCUCAGUUGGUGAACUACUGUAGCUGAGGAGCUAACUGCUCACAUGCUCGCCAGCCAGGACAUGCUAGUGCUUGUUAGUCACAGUAGCUAAGCUUCUUCUGUUUUCUCUCAACUGAAUGAACUGAUUUUGACACAGUUGUUUUUGCCACUUGAAACUACAGUGUCAUCAGGCCUUUAAGUUACGGAAAUUUGGGGGAAAUCAGGCCAAGUCUCGUAAGGGAAUCAUGUAAAUAAACUUUUAAUUUGAAACUUUGCUUUGACAUAAAAAAGACAAUGUCUCUCGUUUGAGUUUUAAGCCCUUGGAAGAAAAAAACAACAACCAAAGUCUAACGUUGACUUUCACAUCCUGAAGAUGUUUUCGUCUGAUAUCUUUCUUAAUGUUUGUGUGUACAUGUGUAAGAUUCUUUUCUUCCUGUCGCUUGUAGAGGAGCUCACAUCGUAUCAAACUUUUGAUCUCUUUGGAUCUGAUGUUUUUUUGGUCAUCUAUUUCUACAUUGACUUGAUCACACUGGAAGCAAUGAGCACAUGUUGUGGCAUUUUGGCUCGAGCCCACCAUAGCACAGCCUGUGUGACUUGUUGGACUAUGGUGAGACAUACUCAGGAACAAAAGGACCCCUGCUCCCAGCAGAAGAGUUGCCUCAGAGUCACUGUGUGUUUAAUCUCAUGGAGUUUAAACGGUGCAGUUGGGGGCAUUGUCAAAGAAACAAUGGCUUGGUGAAAACCAUGAAAAUAAAGACAUCAGCUGCUACUGUACCUGCUUUGCUUUGUGAAAUUGGGACCUACAUUGGAUGUCGUCACCAUAUCAGCUUAAAAUUCUUUCCAAAGCGCUUUCAUUUUGGAUUUUUGUGCCAUAAUUUUCUGUAGUGUUUUCGUGCUGGUUUGGGUUGAUGUUGAAUUUCAUGUAAAUCUAAGGUGUUGCUAUCUGUCAAAAGCUUGGUGGGUGUCUAUCAGCAAAGCUACGUGUCAGUGCUUGUUCAAGCGCAGCAGCCGUGUAAAAGGAAGUCCAAUGAAAUGCACUUGAAAGGCAAUCUAUAUAUUUGUCUGUCUGUGGUCGCCAUGGCAGCAAGUCCAGAUGAACAGACCAGACAUCCUUUUACCCAGUAACAACCUCCAACCUCCACUGCCUGCUUGUUUCUGACUCUGCUGCUUAUCCACAUCGUCAAGACACGUGCUAAUUUUCCUUUUGUUUCUGAUGACGCCUGCAGUAGCUAAAUCCUUCACAUAGUUUGAGGUCAUUUCGUUUGUUUUGUCAGAGCUGAACUGCUCCAGAGCUGCUUUAUUUCAGCUGACUAAGCCUUAUUUUGAGUUAUAUUACCAAAGGAAAUGAAACUGUAAUUAGCAUCUUGGUCCCUAAUCAUGUAAGUGUAUUUAGUCUCCAUUGUUUUCUCUAUGGAAGGCAGUGUCAGUCCGUCCUCCACUUAAACACUCCCAUCGGCCUUAGUUGUACUUUUGUGCUCAUUUAAUGCUAAUUAGCUAAUGUUAGCAUGCUAACACGCUGUGGGGAACAUGGUAAACAUUAUACCCACUUACCAUCGGCAUGUUAGCAUUGUCAUUGUUAGCAUGCUGAUGUUAGCAUUUAGCUUAAAGCACUGCUGUGCCUAAGUAUAGCCUUACAGAGCCAUUAGAGCACACAGUAGCAUGGCUGUAGACCAGUGGUUAGCAAAUAUCAGCCCACAACUGACAAAAACUGAAGUAUUUCUUUAUUAUUUUUUAACUUUAUUUUUAUUUUUGAUAUGAGCAAGUACACUAUUAUCAGGAUCUCUGUUUGUUCAACCUACUAAAUUAUCUGUGUUUGUACAUGUUCUCCAAAUGGGCGGGGUUUAAAUAGAAGUGGGUGUGGCUUUAAAGCUGAGUGGGUGUGGUCUGAUCUGAAAUUGUUAUUUAAGCCUGAAAUUAAUAUAUAGUUCAUCGGUAGUUGCUAUAUUUAUUAUUUAUUAGAAAGUUUUUUCGAGAACAUCCCCAAGUAAGUCAGGACUUUUGUUCUUUAUCUGUACCGGAUACUCGCUUCAUCCAAGUAUUUAGCGACAAGAUUUUGGUUUUGAAAGCAUUCUGGUUUCUGUUUGUAGUCUGUUUUUAGUGCGAGUAUUAUUGACCAAUCACAUUAGAGUGGGUUUUGGUUGCAUUCAGGUAAACAAUUCAUGCGGGGGGCAAAAGAGGCAAAACGCAUCGGCUGAAAUGCAGUCCCAGAACCUUUUGGCUAUCAUCUGACCAUGACUUCACUUUCUGUUCACUUUUUUAAUUUCUUUUGACAAUCCGGAAAAAUAAUCCAGUCAUAGACGUCGUAUCUCAACAACUUGUUCGUAUUCCCAGGUCAUCAAAUACACUUUCUCACACUACUCGGUGUCUCAUAGCGAGGUCUGAAAUACAUUGUAACAUGUGGCUUACGUUGUGAUACCUUUGUAGUUAGGUUAAGGCCACAAAAUUAGUUGGUUAUGUUUCGAAAAAAGAUCAUGUUUUGGUUGAAAAUAGGUGUGUUUGGUACGUAAAAAUAGCAUAACGUGAUGUAAAUGUUUCACGUAAAUGUUAGCUUUUGGUUUCACAUGGGACAUGAACUGUGGUCUCCUAGAUGAAGAAGUUUUGUUAGACCCAUCCACCAUACCUCCCUCCCACCCUCCAAGGACUUUCUCAGUCUUUAUACUACAUCAGUUUCUCUCAGUGUCACGCACUGUAGUGGAUGGGUUCAAUUUGGAGUUAGCUUAAAGCCUGAUGCAUCUCAUAUAGACACUAAAGGGUGCCUUUGCUGUCGCUGUCACAUGCUAAUGGGUGUGACAAAGUAUUUGACGCCCUAGGAGUGAGAGCUCUCAAAUCCAACUCUAUUCUCACUUUUAAAGUUUCUAAUCGGAUUGUAAAAGAUGACCAGCACACAGAAGUUAUUCAGGAGUACGGUCUCACUCUGAAAUCGUCGAAAUCCAGCACUUGGGCAGUGACUUGCGGCAUCAGAAACCAACGAAACAAGGCGUCCUUUAAUGUCAGCAUGAUACGUGGCCAGUUGCCGUUAUAGUUUAAUGGCGUCUGGCAGCAUCAGGGGGAAACGCGGCGGGACAAGAACGAAAGUUACAUUUCCUGUGAAAACAGAAGUGUAUUUUGAAAGAAGACGAUGCAUUUAACAGGCAGAACUUGACACAGUGUCCCAGAACGUCAGCAGCCGUACCCAGGGUACCUUGUACGGCAUAUGUGGAAAGUCCAUGACCAAACGUCGAUAUGUGAAGAUGUCGGAGUGAGAAUGUGUUGUAUUCGGAUAUCGGCUGGCCACACCACAACUCCAGAAAUAUUCACUGUCGCGCCCUAGAGGCUAAAUCAUCGUCAGACUGAUCCCUGAUGGGUUUGGAGAUUGCAUGGCUGUAGACCAUUGGCAAGCCAAUAGCGGCGUAAAUCUGCCCCUCGAACAAAAAAGCUGAAGUAUUUCCUUUUACGGUUCACAAAACUUCAUUAUUUUUGAUAAAUAGACUACUGGUACACUUCAUUCUAUCUAUACAUACAUCUUUCUUGCCAUUGAAGAAAUGAGUGCCCCUAUCUACCCAUCCAUCCAUCCAUCCAUCCAUCCAUCCAUUUAACCAGCCCUCUCUUCUCUAUUGCCAGCCAAGAAACGAUUGCCUGCCCCUCCCUCCUUCCUUCAGCCACUGUGACAGACUCAUCUGCCAUACAUCUGUUAGAAAAGGGAUUUAGUUCCGCUUAAGUUACUUUCACCCAUUCAGGGGGGCCCCUUACAGCAAAGCGCUUCACUCCAAUUUAAGCCCCGACUGGCCCAACCGAUGACAAAUGCUUGUUUUUCUCUCUGUGGUGUCUGGACAGCUGUGGCUGGUGCAUGUUAGGGACAAAUUUAGGAUUGAUUAUACGUACUUUAUCCGAAGCUAGCUCAUGGGCAGUGAAGCAGACUGAAGUCUUGAACUCGGGUCUCUCUGCUGGGGACUGUAAUGCACAUGCAGCGGUCGCAACAUCCCAGGAAGGCGGUAGACAGCCGUUACACAUGCAUGGAGUUUUUCUUGCUUUUGAGCAUCAAUAACAACUUUUUUGGAGGAAACAUUAAACUGUUUGCUUAAAUUUUGCAAAAAAGAAAUACAGCAAAGCCAUUGUAGCUAUAGCUGGGCUUUACAACGUAUUUGUGUUCUUCAUUCUUUGUUUUAUGUACUGUAUUUGUUUUAUGUAUUAUACUUAAAAUGAUCAAAUAAAA